GGUCGAUACUAUGCAGUUUGGGAAACAUAUCAUUGUGAAAUCAUAAGAAAAGCUGCGCUUCCUGUAUAGCCUUAAAGCAGAAAUCAUCACUGGUUGGGGAGGAUUCACUUUUUGAGUUUUUCUGACAUUAACACUGUAAUUAGAGUGGUUUGCAAACGCUCAAGGAUUAUGGUUCGUGCUUUUGUUUUGCUCUUUUUGUGCUUGUGGCGUCUGGUUGAUGUGAAAGCUGAAGUGAAGUCAGUGUCAGUGAUGGAGGGAGAUUCUGUCACUCUAAACACUGAUGUUACUGAAAUACAGAAAUAUUUGUCAAUAAAGUGGACGUUCGGAAGCACUCGAAUAGCUCAAAUCAUCAAUUCGACCCAAACCAGCUCUACAUAUGAUGGUCCUGAUAAGAGAUUCAAAGAUAGACUGAAGCUGGAUCGAACUGGAUCUCUGACCAUCACAAACACCAGAACCACAGACUCUGGAGUUUAUAUUCUAUCACUUACCAGAGGAGAGACCAAAUACAAGAGUUUCAAUGUUCAAGUCAAUGUGACUACACAAACUUCCUCAUCACCAGAAAGAACAUCAAGCUCAAAUUGUGUGUUGUCUAGCUGCAUGGUGAAAUUUCGACCUUCAACCCGGAUGAGGAUGCCAAUACACUUCCAGCAGGCACACACAGACAUCAAGAAUCAGCCUGUGAAUCUCAAUGACGAUAAGGCUUGUGAUGAAGAAAUUACUUAUGCUGAUCCAACGUUCUACAAAAGAAAAACACAAAAGUCGAGAGUUCAAGAGGAGGAGGUGGUGUACGCAGGAGUCGCCGUGAGACGCUGAUCAAACUCUUGAUUAAAGGGAUAGAAAAUUUUAUGUUUAUCUGCUUACCCCCAGUGCAUUCAUGAUGUAGGUGACUUUGUUUCUUCAGUAG